ACUGUGCAGAAGUCGACAGCCCUGGCCACCUGGCUUCCUUCUUUUCCCAACACUGACUUCCCUUCUUUUCGAAUUUUCUCGUAUUGACGCCAACAUGGGUUUCGCUACUCUCUGGUACUCGCAUCCCCGCAAAUACGGCCAAGGCUCCCGAUGCUGCCGUGCCUGCUCUAACCGCCACGGUCUGAUCCGCAAGUACGGCCUGAACAUCUGCCGUCAGUGCUUCAGGGAAUACGCCAACGACAUUGGCUUCAAGAAGCUGGACUAAUUGCCCACUUCUCAAUUAGGCACGCUUCGGGCGUGUCGCAAAAAACAACCUUCAGCAUAUUAAUAUAAGUAGUCGCCCGGAAAAUGCGGGGGAAUGCGUAUAUUAAUAUGCCGGCAACAGCAACAGCAGCAACAACUAAUCAUUUGGGGAUUUAAACGACGACAAAGCUGAUACCGUGUGCAGAACUCUCACAUCUGGAUCCGAUUCCAAAGAAAAUAAAUCAUUAUUUGAUUAUAUUAUUAUAAACAAAUAACCAGACCGGCAACGCACGAAAACGCCAGCCCAGCACACACGAUUCUAACAGUUAUCACCUUCUGCGAAGGAUCUUUGUUAAAAUAGUAGUUUGUUUAAAUCUCCGCCUGAUUAAAUCUAUAACAAGAAAUGUAAA